UUCUGUCGUUAUAUGUUGCUUUACACAUUCGAACAGAUGUAUACUCGUAUUCUGUGCUUUCAGGACAGUGUAGGAACGAUUCCUUGUGAUUCGGAUUUGUCUGACAAAUAAUCCACAAGCAGCCAUGGAAAAUGAGCAGGAGGAGUUUGGACACAGACAUGCACACAUGCAGCAUACACACCAUCCACGAGUUUCCAUGUCGUACGGAAAUGUGGGUCAGAAUCCGGACCAGGAGACCCAUGGCGGCCCUGCGUAUACUCUAUACUCCAUAUAUGAACAGCCGCGUGAUAGUUACAUGCUAAUGGGCCCAUACAUGUCGACGCCCGCCGAGUCGAUUAGUAGCCGUGCUACCACGUUCCAGUCCCACACACCGCCUUCCUAUACGGCCCUGGUGGCAUCACAUCGCGAAAUAGCCAGCUCAAGCUAUAGGACGAGUUCUGGUCGAUGCGACAAGUGCAGUUCUGUCACAACUUUGUGCCGCUGUCAGGUGUCACCUGCGGCCAGCACCAGUCGGUACGCAGACCAGGUGCAUUCCACUCAGAGCCUGCCUCAAGAGUCACCGCCUCAGUUCUUUGAGCUGCCCUCAUCGUCGACAUCGACUGGGUCGACUCUGCCAACGACGACGGUUAACUCCGGUCCCGGACUCAUUCCAAAUCCCAAACAACAGAAGACUGAAACACUGAGGGAGCAUUUGUCGUUGCAACAGGACAAUGACAAUGAGAAUGAAAAUGCAAAUGCACAUGCACAUUCAGUGGUGGCCUCUGCCUCUGGCAACGGCACUUGGCCAGCUGCAGCCAUUGAAGACCACGCAAUGGAUGCCUCCGCAGUGGUUUACGAGAUGCCCUCCAGUUCGCUGCUGAGCAUCAGCCCCUUUGAGGCCAGUAGUAGCAAUAUUCCCCAGAGCUCUGGUCUUUCCAGUGCCUACGAUGAUGUGACAUCCAGUGCUUCUGAUACAGAGCACGUUCAGUUUGCAAACACUCGCACUACCAAUACGACUACAACCACGUCGGCGUUACAGGCUCACAAGAAGAAGGCAAUGCAGGCAGCAAAUCGCUCCGGAAACGGAAGCGGCAACGGCAACGGGGAUGCUUCUUCCUCCUCUUCGGCCACUGAACUAGACGCCACACCGAGCACUAGUGCCCAAGCUCGGCGACAGCAGACAAAUUUAUUUAAUAGCUACCAGCAGCUCGCGAACGUCUUGGAGCCUGAGAACGAUAGUAGCGAUGAUGGCUGGGAUCUUCGCAUGCGUAAUCGUCCUCCCCAAUCAAAACCGGCUGAACCUGUUGUACGGGGCAACAACACCAACAAAAACCUGACUGAUCGGCAUACAGAUCAUAACUACUACAAUAGCCGCAGAGAUGUGUCGACGAGGGCGCCUCCAGAUAGCACUUUUGUGUCCGGCGCUUCUUGUUCUACGGCGACACACACAACCUGCAGUGUGGAUUAUGGGACUAGAGAUCUGUGCGGGGCUCUUCGACCGCCUCAGAGAUCGUCUGAUGCGUCUGCUGCUGAUGCUCUGUCUCCGUCCACUACAUCGGAUCAGGAGCAAGAGCAUCAGCAGCAGGAGCAGGGGCAUGGGCAACAACAGGAGCAGCAGCAGCAGGUGCAGCAGCAGAGACGGAGACAAGAAACCACAGGCCAACGAAGCUCCCAUGGCGCCAAUGUAAACAGUGGUAUUAUUCGAAAUCGUGUGCGUUCCAUUGACGAAAUUGCGCAUCCACCCAGAAAACAACCGCGCUUGGAGGUUCAAGGAGCAUCCUCUUCCCACUCCACCACAAAACUGUCGCCGACGAACUUUAAUUCCUUUUUGCCGGGCAGGACAAGGCAUCCCACCUAUGCCGAGCCCGCGAGUAGCUCCUUACAGCAGACCUCACAGCAGACGCAGCAGCCCUUGAACGGAUCUUGCGUGAUUACCUAUGUGGGUAGACCAAGAGAGAGGCAGUCCCCUGGGGAGACCCAGAAUCAGGCUUCCACUUCCACGGGCAGGCGUAACAAUUUGAACCGCGGUGAUGUUGUGCUCACUGCUCCAGAUCUGCAACUGGACGAUUGGUCAUCCGACUCCAAUGAUGACGAUGUGGUGUUUGUGCACUCGACACGAGAGCCAAUACUCUCGAUUGAUUUGACAUCUGAUGAUGAUGCCGCCGUUAAUGAAACACAACAGCAGCGAGCCCGGGAAUGGGCACGGGAACAUGAGCAUAUGUGGGAACAGCCACUUGCAGCCCUGGAACGACGUCCCAUUUUCAACUAUGCCUACUCCAUUCCAUACCCUCGAAGGGACCGCCGGACAGAGCCGAGCAAUGCUGGCACCUCAUUUGGCUUCUAUAGCGGAGGGCUGCCGGAUCGAACGGCCAUUACCGAUCACAACUACAGCUACGAUCAUAAUCAUACGCAAGCACCCGCCCCGCUGAUGGAAGAGCCCGGUCCGGCAGCGAGUAACUAUUUUCCUCGUCAAACUGCAGGUUGCACUCCUCGGUGUCCCACCCUGGACUCGCAGCGGUACUUUCAACCGAUCACUCCUCCAUCCAUGUGGCUCUUUGGAGCGGCGCCAGAGACCACGCCCACAGAGGGCUACAGUCGUAUGCCCAGAGCCGCCCCCACUACGACUUCUGGCUCCGCCGAGCAAUCGAGCCAGCAGUCACAACGUAGACGCACUAGUCCAGCAAACGUCUACCAUCGUUAUCAGCCGUAUUACGUGCCUCACUAUGCGAUCACUCCACUGCCCACAGUAAUGGAAGCAGUGUAUUCGCCCACCCAUCCACAUGGUCCGCAGCCCCCAAAUCCGCAUCCACAUCCACAUCCGCAUCCGCACUAUCAGGGCGGACAAGGCGGUAGCAGCCGGAGCUCGUUAAGUGGCGCUAUGAGUGCUGCCGCUGUGGCGGCAACAGCGGCUGCGGCCCAAGCUCAAUCCUUCAGCGAGCUCCUGUCCCUGGCCAGUGUUCACAAUGAGACAGAAACCAGCAUGGAUAAUCGGUUGGAUAGAGGCCAAUCACCUCUCCCCAUCGUGCCCCGAGCCCAUCCCAUGGCCCAUGCUAUAAAUGCCGCCUCAUCUGUCGGCUUGGUGAGCCAGCCACCGCCUGUGGCAACGACUAAUGGUAAUCUGGCAGCUGCUGGUGUCUCGCCUCCUCCGCCGCUGGAAAUGUAUUCGGGUCGAUCCACCAUUCCCUACUGUGGCUCCCCGCCUUUCAGCGUGCGACGGUCGGAGGCAGCGUACAGCAAUCGGCAGCAUUAUCAGCCGCAGCCGCAUCAAGGUCAUCAGGCCCCACAAAAUCAAAUGCACGCGCACAUACAUCCCCCUCAUCGAGCAAGUGCCAUUGUGGCCACCUCGCUGACACCGGCGCCGCCAUAUCCGGUACAUCAGAAUCUGUGGUAUCGCCAGCAGAGCAUGCAGGAAAUGCACCGUCGCCACAUGACGCCCACGCCCAUUGAUCUCUCCUCGAAUGCUCCCAUUUUGACCAGCAGUCUGCGGACCCGCUACCUGCACAGCAUUUGCAAUUGCGUGCAUGCCAGGAACGGCCCGGUCUCUAGCUUGGAUCCGGCCUACUAUCCGCCCUACGAUGGCAAUGCCAGUGCUGCGGCUCCGUCCCAGCAGAUACCUUCCAGUGGUGGCCAGGCCACGACCGUAUCCGUUGCCCAGCCACAGCACUCUCAGUCAAACUUGCGACAUAUGCAAGUGCAGCACCAGCAGCCUCAGGCCCAGCAGCAGUCCCCGCCGGUUCUGCAGCAUCUGCAGCGUCAGCGUGCGAUCCAUCAUCAUAUGUUCCACCAUCAUUACUCGCCGCUGCAUUUGGAAAUUGGACUUGCAACGCCGCUGUCGCUCGGCUCACGGAUAGUGAUUGGAGCAGCACGUCCAAAUCGGGGGGCCACUUUGGAAACAAUUGAGCGCAAUACCUUGCCCCACAAGUACCGGCGUUUGCGUCGACCCAGCGAAUCAGACGAGGACGCGGAGAAGUGUGCUAUAUGCUUGUCUCUGUUCGAGAUCGAGAACGAUGUGCGCCGCCUUCCCUGUAUGCAUCUAUUUCAUACCGAUUGCGUUGAUCAAUGGUUAGUCACCAAUAAACACUGCCCGAUUUGCCGAGUCGACAUCGAGACCCACAUGGCGAAUGACGCACUCAACUCCAGUGGGGUCACUGAUGCCGCCAAUGCCGCCGCCUUAUGACAUUGUGUGCAUGGAAUCUUCAUGUAAAACUGAACUUUGGACUGAGUUCGCCGGGCCAGCGUUAACUAACAUCGUUAUAUUGCAAAACUAAUUACAAAAAAACACAUUCGAAAAACACUUAAAAAAUGUUAAAUACCCAAUCCCCCACUCCCGACGACACUACGACAAUUGUAGCUGGCGGAACACUAAGAAAAUUUUCAGUGUCGUGUUUGAAUAUCAAAAAAGCUAUGUCUCUCUCCCCCCCCAAAACCUUUUUAGAGUAAAAUUAUUUUAAGUGUUUUUGGCUUUUAAUUUACUAUAAAUAUGUACAAAUUAUCCACGUUUUGUGAAACAAAAUUCUUGUGAUAAGAAUUUCAUAAAUGCUUAAAUUGUUAUAGCAUAGAACCCCAGCCCCCCAUAGAGCAUUUCAAUUUUUAAGACGACAAACGAUUAUGAUUUAGUAAAAUAUUAUAUUGUUUAACUCAA